AUGAUUUCAUCCAAACCUUCUUCUUUAAGUGAAAAUACUGCAAAUGCAUCAUCCAACAAUUUAUGGUCCACGAGCAAUAAGCAAGAAUUGUUUGAUCUCAUUUGGCAAAACAAGAAUCAUUAUUAUGAACAUCUUUCCCAUUCCAAUGAUCGAGAGGGAAUGGAAGGAAAGAAUCCUUGCAUCAUCUCCGAGAGCAAACCUUCCUACUUUUUAAGCUUGGGAAUGGAUCCUUACUCCGAUAACGGGAAAGUCAUGACGUUUUACAAUCAAGUGCAUUUCCAUCCAACACAAUUUCCAAACGUUGAAGAUUUGGAUCGUAUCAAGAAAUAUGCAAAAGAAGCUCAUGUUCCCUUGUUGGCCAGCUUGCCUUAUUAUACAUCUCCAAAUGUUGAGCAGAGAUUGGAAGAGUUAUUUCAAAAUGGCUUUUUCAUGAUGACUAAGAGUCCAGGAAUGAUUUGCUCGUUGAAUACGAACCUUGAUCAUGAGAGCAGUACUGCUGGAGAAACAAAAUUCAAUGAUUUACAAAUUGGAGAAUUGAAAAGAAAUGAAGACGAAACGAGUGAAAAUAAUAUUCUACUGAGAGAGUGGUGUAAUGUUUUGGUGAGUUCCUUUGGAUUCUUUUCAAAAAAGUCCACCAUUGAACAUUUCUAUCACUUAUUCAGGAAUUGCAAAUAUGGUCCAAACGAAAAAUUGCGAAUGUUCUAUGUGACACAUCAAGAAUCACCUCAAAGUCAACCUAUCAUGAUUUCAGUUGCAUCUUUAUUUAUUGAACCUGAGAAACAUGUGUGUGGUUUGUACAAUGUGGCCACUCUACCGAAUCCUCAAUUACGGAGAAAGGGAACCGCACGACUUCUCUCACGAUAUGUGGUCUAUGAAAUUGGAAAGAAACAACUUGGUCUCAAAUAUUGCACAUUGCAAUCCUCAAAGGCGGCUUAUAACUUGUACAAACAAUUAGGAUUUGUUCAUGUUGGUGAUUGGUCACAUGCCGUGUCUCCAGAUCAUGCACAUUGGUCCAUUCAAUUAUUGAUGAACAUUGUGCUCUUGAGAUUUUUUAUGAAAAUUACUGGCAUUCGAGAUUUAACACAAAAAUCGAAUUGGUACAAAUAG